AGAAGCCAAUUUUAUAUGGAGACGAAGUUUCUCCACCAGUAAGGUUUGUUAUGAUGACGGCUUCUGCUUUAAAUAUCGAUAUUAAAUUUCACGAAAUCGACUUAUUUAAAAAUGAAAAUAGGAGGGAAUUUUAUCGAAAGAUAAAUCCUCUACAAAAAGUGCCAGCGUUGCAAGUAGGUGAUACAAAGAUAUUAGAUAGCCAUGCCAUUGCUCUAUACCUGUGCCAGAUAGCAAAGGAACAAAACCUGUACCCUGAAAAUCCCAUAAUGAGAGCAAAAGUAAACCAAAUGCUGUUUUUUAACUCCGGUACAUUAUUUCGCAUUGACAGUUAUAUAUUGACCAAAUAUUUUGCUGGACAAUGGCCUGUAAGCGAGACGACAAUAGAGGAAUGGUAUUCCGCCUUGGACUUUUUAGAAUAUCAGUUGAAAGAUGAUUGGUUAACAGGAAAUAAGGUUCUCUUAUGCGAUAUUUGCACAGUGGCCGUCGUGACAUCCGUUCUUCAACUGGUUCCAUUAACUCAACGACAUGAAAGAGUACAGAAGUGGAUUGAAAACUUUCAACAUUUAAAUUUUUAUGUCAUUAAUAAACGAGGUUUACUAAGAUUGAAUAGUUAUAUUAAUGCGUUUAAAGCUAUACACGCGUAAUAUUAAUAUAUGUGAAAGACUUUGAUAUGAAUCAGUAAAGUUUAACAUUAUUAAUUUUAUUAUAUAUCAGAUUUAUUAUCAGGAAAUGUUCUUAAAACGGACAUGUGCUUUAAAAAAUUAUUAAAAAUGUAUUACUCAAAA